GACAUGAGUUAUCCACAUUUUCUUGUUAUGCCUUAUCCAAUUCUAGGACAUAUGAAUCCGCUUCUACAGUUCUCUCAGAUUUUGGCCAAACAUGGCUGCAAAAUCACCUUUUUAAUCACUGAUUUCAAUAAAAAAAGAGUGAAGAUGGCAAGUGAACCCUUAGGAUCACAGAUAAGGUUUGUGUCACUCCCAGAUGGUUUGGAUUCAGAUGACGACAGAACUGACCAGGCCAAGAUAAUAUUGUCACUCAGAAGCACCAUGCCUACUAAGCUUCACAACCUCAUAGAAAAUAUCAAUGCCUUGGAUGGUGACAACAAGAUCACAUGUCUAGUAGUUUCUAAGAAUAUAGGAUGGGCCUUGGAAGUUGGACACAAAUUGGGAAUAAAAGGGGCAUUUCUAUGGCCUGCAUCAGCAAUUGCUUUGGCUUCCUAUGAAUCCAUCCCAAGGCUUAUUAAUGAAGGAAUUAUAGAUUCCCAAACUGGACUACCAACCAGAAAACAGGAAAUUCAGCUUUUACCAAAUUCGCCUAUGAUGGACACAGCAAACCUGCCAUGGUGCAGCCUUGAUAAGAAAAUUUACCUUCACAUGGUGGAAGAUACACAAACUAUGAAGUUAGGAGAAUGGUGGCUUUGCAACACCACUUGUGAUCUUGAGCCUGGAGCACAUUCCAUAUCACCAAGAUUCAUGCCAAUUGGUCCAUUGAUGGAAAGUGUCAGCAACAAAAGUUCAUUAUGGGAAGAAGACACAACAUGCCUAGAAUGGUUGAAUCAACAACCACCUCAAUCUGUCACAUAUGUUUCCUUUGGUAGUUUGGCAGUUGUGGACCCCAACCAAUUCAAAGAAUUAGCUCUUGGACUUGAUCUCCUUAACAAGCCUUUUCUUUGGGUUGUGCGUCCUGAUAAUGAUAACAAUGUAAACAAUGCAUACCCUGAUGAAUUCAAUGGAAGUAAAGGUAAAAUUGUUGGUUGGUCACCACAGAAGAAGAUAUUAAACCACCCUGCAAUAGCUUGCUUCAUUACUCACUGUGGUUGGAAUUCUACCAUAGAAGGUGUAUGUGGUGGCAUACCUUUAUUGUGUUGGCCAUUUUUUAGUGACCAAUUUGUUAACAAGUCAUAUAUUUGUAAUGUGUGGAAGGUUGGAUUGGGAUUAGACAAGGAUGAAAAUGGAUUAAUAUCCAAGGAAGAGAUAAGGAAGAAGGUGGAGCAACUUCUUGGCAAUGAUGACAUAAAAGCAAGAUCAUUGAAACUGAAGGAAAUGGUCAUGAAUAACUUAGUAGAAGGUGGUCAUUCUUCAAAGAAUCUCGACAAGUUUAUCAGUUGGGCCAAGGAUUAAUGGUGCUUUUCGUAAUAGUUUCCAAGUUUGAUAUAUAUCAAUUGGGCCGAGGAAUCUUCUUUUAAUUUGAUGAUAGACAAAAUGAUAUAUCAAAUGUUAGGUUGAGGUUUUUUCAAUUCCCAUAAAGUCCUAGGCCAAGUCAUGUGCCCCUUAUUCUAUAUUAUGCUAUAGCAGAGUUUUAAAUUGUGGUCAACCACCGUAAUUCGUGCUCCAAAUUGUGAUCUUAGAUCUUUUUG